UUUAAAAAAUAUCAUUUUAUGUGUUCGAUACCUUCAACCCUAUUGGGACUUAUUUAAUGGAUUUGCCAAACAACGCUGGAUUGGACGAGAAAUUUGUGAAGUUUUCCAAAAAGAAUUUAUUGGUUAUCAUCCUCUAUAUGCUAUAGCAGCGAUUAGAAAAGGACGUUUAUUUAUUAAUGGAAUUCAAAUGACUAAUCCACAAUAUAGGAUUAGAAAUAAUGACAAAUUUAAUCAUCUAGUCCACCGGCAUGAAAAUGAAAUUCCAGACCUUCCGAUAAAAAUUAUUGCUGAAACAGACGAUUUUCUUGUUGUCAACAAACCUGCAGGAUUGCCAGUCCAUCCAUGUGGCAACUACCGAUUUAAUUCAGUGAAAGUUUUAUUGGAAAAUGAAUAUGGGAGAGCUGUGAAUGAAUUGAGAACAUUAUAUAGACUUGACAGACAAACAACUGGAGUAUUAAUGUUUGCUAAAAAUUAUGAAACUGAUUUUAAGUUUAAAAAUGACGUCCUUAAAAGAGCAGUUUCAAAGAUUUAUUUAGCUAAAGUUGAUGGAAUCUUUCCAAAUGAAGAAGUUAUUUGCGAUCAACCAAUUUCUAUUUUAUCAAAAGCAACUGGCAUACGCCGUGUUGAUUCUGAUGGACAAGAUUGUUUAAGUCGAUUUAGGUUGCUUUAUGCAAAUAAACAAGAAAAUACUUCAAUUAUUCGAUGCCAAAUUGAGACGGGAAGAACACACCAAAUAAGAGUGCAUCUCCAAUAUUUGGGAUUUCCAAUUUGCAACGACACGAUUUACAAUAAUUUUGUUUGGGGUCCAUUAAAGGGUAAAGGAGGUGAUUAUGGGGGAAAGUCUAUUGAACAGCUAAGAAUUGAUGUUGUUAAACAACACGACAAAAAAUCUUGGAUAUCUGAAUCAGAUCCAGAUUAUGCUCAAAGACUUGAAGAAAUUGGGGAAAAUGAUUUGUAUGAACAUGAUCAAUUAGAUUUGCUAAAUCUUAAAUUUGACGAGUUGCCCAGUUAUGACCCUAUUUGUUGGAAUUGUGCAACAUAUCAAAAAAGGCCUUUUCCUGACGAUCAUUGGUUUAUGCCUUUACAUUGUUGGCGGUAUUCUGGAAAUGGAUGGUCAUUUGAAUCACCCCUCCCAGAAUGGGCUAUUCAACAUUCUGAUUUAAUUCAAAAUAAUGUACAGGAAAAUAAAAAAGAAAUACAAACAAUAACUGCCUAA